AUGGCGACCGGUCAGAUCAACCAGCCAAAUCUCGUGGCCUUGCCUGCCCAUUCUUUGAGCGAUACAAACAUUACCGGGCAUCUGGCUUCGCGCUUCCACGGCCACCAGCCUCUCGCGACCUUGUCAACUCAAGGAUACAUCUCUGUUAACACCUACACAUCCGCCGCGAAGGGACCCAAUGGCGGCAAGGAAGGUAGCGCCAUGGGCGCUGCGGAAGAGAUGGCAAGCAGAAUGUGGACACGCCUAGGUAGUCGACAGGAAAAUCAGGCCGCCAUCUUCUUGGGAGAGUCUGGCACUGGCAAGACUACCAUCCGAUCACAUCUCUUGUCGGCACUGCUACAAUAUUCCGCAACACCGCUGUCAAAGAAGCUAUCAUUCGCCGCCUUUGUCUUCGAUACACUGACUACAACCAAGUCGCAUACCACGCCGACCGCGUCCAAAGCUGGUCUCUUCUUCGAGUUGCAAUAUGACACUUCCUCCACUCUCCACCCAACCCUCAUCGGCGGAAAGGUUUUGGAUCACAGGCUUGAGCGGAGCCGCGUGGCAACAGUGCCACCAGGAGAGCGCAACUUUCACAUUCUAUACUACCUUCUUGCCGGCACAUCUCCUGCCGAGAAAGACCAUCUCGGACUCGAUCUCGGGUCCUCACUCACAUCUGGCUCUGGUAAUCGAGCCUCGCUUACUGGUGGACAAAAGCGAUGGCGCUACCUGGGUCAUCCGUCGCAGUUGAAAGUCGGCAUCAACGAUGCAGAAGGCUUCCAGCACUUCAAGACCGCUCUUCGGAAACUCGAAUUCCCGCGUGAGGACAUCGCCCACUUGUGCGAGGUGCUAGCAGCAAUCCUCCACAUUGGCCAGCUUGAAUUCACGACCUCACAAAACACUGCACCUGCGCCAGACGAGAGCGGCGGCUAUGGACACGAGGGAGGUGAAGAAGUCACAGUGGUAAAGAACAAGGAUGUGCUGGCGAUCAUCGCUGCUUUCCUCGGUGUCGGCGAUCGUGUCCUGGAGCAAUCUUUGGGUUAUCGCACCAAAAUCCUUCACCGGGAGCGUGUCACAAUCAUGCUUGAUCCGAAGGGUGCCCGCGACAACGCUGAUGAGCUUGCUCGGACUCUCUACAGUCUGUUGGUUGCAUUCGUGAUGGAGAAGAUCAAUGAGAAGACCUGUGCCGUCGAGGACUCCGUCGCCAACACCAUCAGCGUGGUCGAUUUCCCGGGCUUUGCAUCAGCAUCUUCGACUGGCAGCACUCUCGACCAGCUUCUAAACAAUGCCGCAACCGAAUCUCUGUACAAUUUCUGCUUGCAGAGCUUCUUUGAGCGCAAGGCCGACCUCCUUGAGACGGAGGAGGUUUCAGUCCCGGCCACCACCUAUUUCGACAACUCUGACGCUGUCAAGGGUCUGCUCAAGUCCGGAAACGGUUUGCUCAGUAUUCUUGACGAUCAAAUGAGGCGUGGCAAGACUGACAUGCAACUCCUCGAAUCACUUCACCGCCGAUUUCAAGGCAAGAAUCCCGCUAUCGAAGUCGGUAGCCCGACAGUCGUGCUUCCCGGGAACAACUUUGCGACCCACAACGCAGCUGCGAGCUUCACUGUCAAGCACUUUGGCGGUGAGGUCGAGUAUCCCAUUGACGGUCUGUUAGAAGAGAACGGGGAGAUCAUUUCUGGUGAUCUCAUGAACUUGGUGACUGCUUCUAGCAGCCAAUUCGUUGCCGAGUUGUUCGGCCAAGAAGCUCUCAACAAGGUCGUUCACCCCAACGAUCGUAACGCAGUGACGCAAGCCUCUGUUGCCUCCAAACCUUCCAGAAUGCCCAGCAUGGCCCGGCGCAAAGGCGGUCGACCGUCAGCAGGAAACCGGCGCGUGGAUGAAGAGAAGGACAGCGACGAGGGUACUCCGAACCCUUCACGAUCCAACAAGACCACUGAUGCACAGCAAGGUGCGGCGGCACAGUUCCUGAUCUCUCUGGACAACAUCAACAAAUCAUUGACGGCUCCAAGCACAAAUGCCUACUUCUUCUUCUGUAUCAAACCCAACGACCGUCGAAUCGCCAAUCAAUUCGACAGCAAAUGCGUGCGAAACCAAAUCCAAAAUCUCGGCAUUGCUGAAAUUGCGCAAAGGCUGAAGAACGCUGAUUUCAGCAUCUUCAUGCCUUUCCGUGAAUUCCUUGGCACUGCAGAGGGCGAAGUCACUGUGGUAGGCAGCGCCCGGGAGAAGGCUGAGAUGAUUCUCGAUGAGAAGAGCUGGCCUGAGAGCGAGGCACGCGUCGGAAGCACAGGUGUCUUCCUCAGUGAGCGCUGUUGGCGUCAAAUUGCCGACGUUCGGGACAUUGUCCACGGAGCAGCUCCCUUCGCGGACGACAAAUACAACGAGGCGGGUCUUCUUACGCCAUCCGAUGCUCGCAAAGGCUUCGCAGAGUCGAAGGCCCAGCUUUUACAAACACCUGGCUCUGGCAACUUCUAUGAUGACAAGAAUGGCGGAUACUUUGGCGGUCGCGACCUCGAUGCUAAGAGCGAGGCAGGCAACUCCGCCUUUAACGGGGACAUGUUUGGAGGCAUUGAAACCCGCGACCAACUGGCAGAAAAAGCCAACGAAGUCCAUGCUGCUGAAAUUGAGGAACGACCUAUGUCUGGUAGCCGAUGGCGCUGGCUGUUCAUCGUUUACAUCUUCACCUGGAUGAUCCCGGACUUUUUGAUCCGCAUCGCAGGUCCUAGCCGCAUGGUUCGCAAGGAUGUCCGGAUGGCCUGGCGUGAAAAGCUUGCCAUUAACAUGAUCAUUUGGCUCUCUUGCGCGUUCGUCGUCUUCUUUAUGGUCGGCUUCCCACGCAUCAUUUGUCCCACACAACACGUCUACAGUCUACCUGAGCUCAGCUCGUACAAUGGCAAGGGCGCAGAUUCGUAUGUGGCAAUCCGCGGUGUUGUCUUCGAUCUCGACGCAUUCAUACCCCAGCAUUAUCCCAAAGUCGUUCCGGCUGCUGCUUUGAGGAGAUAUGCAGGCAAGGACAUCACGAACCUUUUCCCUGUACAGGUCUCGAGUCUGUGUCAAGGCAUCGAAGCUGAAGGUAACAUUGACCCCGCCGUGCAACUCAGUUACAUCAAUUAUAACUACACGGGCGAGACUGGCACCAUUGCGAGCACCGACACCAAUGCGCAGUACCACGACUUCCGUUGGGCGACCAACGAUUCACGCCCGGCUUGGUUUCAAGAACAGAUGAUCACGUUGAAGGGACAAUACUGGAAGGGAAAUCUGGGUUUCGCUCCAUCAUACCUGUCGACUUUGGCUGACAAGCAGAAUUCCAUCGCGUACAUCAACGGAAAGGUAUACGACUUCACGGCUUACAUCGCCGGCGGUCGUGCGCCCCAAUACCCACCGGGUCAGUCUGCGCCGUCCACUCUACCCAACUCGAACUUUAUGGAUCAGAGCCUGGUCGAUCUCUUCCAACGUCGCUCAGGUCAAGACGUCACCAAGUACUGGGAGGCUCUCAACUAUUCACCAGAAUUCCGCGGCCGCAUGCUGACAUGCAUGAACAACCUGUUCUACGUUGGCAACCUCGACACCCGAGACAGUGCGCGUUGUCUAUUCUCCAAGUACAUCCUUCUCGCCGUGUCUCUGUUGUUGGUUUCGGUCAUCGCCUUCAAAUUCUUGGCGGCUCUACAAUUCGGCAAGAAGAAUGUUCCCGAAAACCUCGACAAGUUCAUCAUCUGCACAGUUCCAGCUUACACCGAAGACGAGGAUUCGCUCCGCCGUGCCAUCGAUUCCGCCGCACGCAUGCGCUACGAUGACAAACGCAAAUUGCUCUUUAUCAUCUGUGAUGGUAUGAUUGUUGGACAAGGCAACGACCGUCCCACUCCACGAAUUGUCUUGGAUAUUCUAGGCGUCUCUGAGCACACCGAUCCGGAGCCUCUCAGCUUCGAAUCUCUCGGCGAGGGCAUGAAGCAGCACAAUAUGGGUAAAGUCUAUUCAGGAUUGUACGAAGUUCAAGGUCACAUUGUGCCGUUCGUCGUGGUCGUCAAGGUCGGAAAGCCUUCCGAGGUGUCCAGACCUGGUAACCGUGGUAAACGUGAUUCGCAGAUGAUUCUCAUGCGCUUCCUCAACCGCGUGCACUACAACCUCGCCAUGACGCCCCUUGAGCUCGAGCUUCUACACCAGAUUCGAAACGUCAUCGGUGUUAAUCCAACAUUCUACGAAUUCUUAUUGCAAAUCGAUGCCGACACGGUCGUGGCUGCCGAUUCUGCUCUUCGAUUCGUUUCUGCCUUCGUCAACGACACGAAACUGAUCGCUGUCUGUGGAGAAACGGCCUUGACUAACGCAAAACAAUCAUUCAUCACGAUGAUGCAAGUCUACGAGUACUACAUCUCACACAACUUGACGAAGGCUUUCGAGUCACUCUUCGGGUCCGUCACUUGUUUGCCUGGUUGUUUCUCCAUGUACCGCAUUCGUGCCGCUGAGUCCGGAAAGCCGCUGUUUGUGUCCAAGGAAAUCAUCGAAGACUACAGCGAGACACGCGUGGACACUCUACACAUGAAGAAUCUCCUCCACCUUGGAGAGGAUCGAUACCUCACGACGCUUUUGAUGAAGUAUCAUUCCAACUACAAGACCAAGUACAUCAUGCGCGCGCACGCCUGGACUAUUGCGCCUGACAGCUGGAGCGUCUUCAUGUCACAACGUCGUCGCUGGAUCAACAGUACCGUGCACAACUUGAUCGAAGUCAUCCCUCUCCAACAGCUCUGUGGUUUCUGCUGUUUCAGCAUGCGUUUCGUCGUUUUCCUCGAUCUCCUGUCCACCGUCGUCCAGCCGGUGAUUGUCGGUUACAUCAUCUACCUGAUCAUCGAAGUCGCGCAGAAUCCGACCAACAACACCGCGACAACGGCCUUCAUUCUGCUCGGAGCCAUCUAUGGUUUGCAGGCAAUCAUCUUCAUUGUACGACGUAAAUGGGACAUGGUCGGCUGGAUGAUCAUUUACAUAAUCGCCACUCCUGUCUUCUCCUUCGCGCUCCCUCUGCUCGCUUUCUGGCGCAUGGACGACUUCUCCUGGGGUAACACGCGUAUGGUCACUGGUGAGAAGGGCAAGCAGAUCCUGGUCUCGGACGAAGGCAAAUUCGACCCCGCAAGCAUCCCCAAGAAGCACUGGGAAGAGUACCAAGCCGAGCUCUGGGACCAGAACACCCAGCGCGACGACGCCCGCUCCGAAGUCUCCGGCAUCUCCUACGCCACCCGCAGCUUCCACCCCGGCGCCGGCGUCGCACCCUCCGAAUACGGCGGCCGCCCCUCCAGCCAACUCCACCUGCCCAUGCACUACUCCAGCCCCCUAGCCGCCGGCUCGCGACUCUCCCUAACGCCGUCCUACGCCGCCGGCGGCCUCAACAACUCCACCUCCGUCGACAACCUCCUCCUCGACCACAGCGGCGUGGCGGGCGUCGAUGGCCAGCCCAGCGACGAUGCCAUCCUCGCCGAGAUCCGCGAAAUCCUCCGCACCGCUGACCUCAUGACCGUCACGAAGAAGAGCAUCAAGGCCGAGCUCGAACGCCGCUUCGGUGUCAAUAUGGAUUCCCGAAGGCAGUACAUCGGCAGCGCUACCGAGGCCAUCCUGAGCGGUCAGCUUUAG